GGGUACAGAAAGGUCUACGACCAGUUCGCCUAUGCCAUCCACCAAAGGUACCCUGAUCUUUUGAUUCAGGGUGACAACUACCCUCCACUACCUAUGUACGCCUAUCUCUCUCAGAUUAUAGGCUUUGUCAAGAUUCUAUUCAUUAUUAUAAUAGCUUCUGGACAGAAUCCUUUAAAUUGGGUUAAUCUGAAUUCACCAACAUUUAUAACCUGGGCCUUAGAAAACAAAAUUUAUUCAUGUAUGAUAUUGUUCUUUGUCUGUAAUGCCAUUGAAAGUACACUGAUAUCUACUGGAGCAUUUGAAAUCUCAUUCAAUGACGUACCUGUCUGGUCAAAAUUAGAGACUGGAAGAAUUCCCUCCCCGCAGGAGAUGUUCCAGAUUUUGGAUAACCACAUGCGUCUCUUCCAAAAAACGAACAAAGAAUUUGAUCAAUUUUAA